AUGCAGGCAGAGGAGGAAGCUGAAUGUAACUGCGUCCAAGGCGGCUGCGGCGGCCCCGCGCGGCGCUCGGCGGCCCCGGGAAGCGGCGGCGGCGGCGGCCGGCGCCCUGAGGGGGCUGCCGCUCUGAGGGGGGCGCGCCCCGCGCCGCUCCGUGCCGCUCCGCGCCGCUCCGCGCCGCCCGCUGCGCAGGAGGAGGAGGAGGAGGAGGCGGAGGCGGAGGAGGAGGAGGACCGGAGCGGUGCCCGCCGCCUGCCCCCGCCGCCCUGCCUGCGCGGGCGUGCGCGGCUCGGCCGCAGCGGAGCGCGGGGCUCCGGCGGGCGCUGCGCUGCCUUCCCCCCCCCUCCCCGCCACGCGGCUCCCCCCCCCUCCCCGUUCCCCCGUCCCCGUCCCCCCCCCCGCCGGGCUGGAUAUGUGGAUGCUCACGUGAAGAUGGAUGUAGCGAUCGGGCUGCUGGGGCUGCUGACGGUUCUGCUGGAGGGCAGCUCCGGGCAAGGGGUGUACGCCCCCCCCACCGUGCGGAUCGUGCACUCGGGCCUGGCGUGCAACAUCGAGGAGGAGCGCUACUCGGAGAGGGUCUACACCAUCCGUGAGGGCGAGACGCUGGAGCUGACCUGCCUGGUCACCGGCCAUCCUCGGCCACAGAUCAGGUGGACCAAAACAGCAGGAAGUGCCUCUGACAGAUUUCAAGAUUCGAGUGUCUUCAAUGAAACCCUGAGGAUAUCCAACAUCCAGCGACACCAAGGAGGACGCUACUACUGCAAGGCUGAGAACGGCUUGGGUUCGCCAGCCAUAAAGUCCAUAAGAGUGGACGUGUACUAUUUGGACGAUCCAAUAGUAACGGUCCACCAGAGCAUCGGGGAAGCGAAAGAGCAGUUUUACUAUGAGAGGACGGUGUUUCUCAGGUGCGUUGCCAACUCCAACCCGCCCGUUCGGUACAGCUGGCGACGCGGCCAAGAGGUGUUGCUGCAAGGGUCUGAUAAAGGAGUGGAGAUCUACGAGCCCUUCUUUACCCAGGGAGAAACAAAGAUCCUGAAGCUGAAGAACCUCCGACCUCAGGACUACGCGAAUUACAGCUGCAUCGCCUCGGUGAGGAAUGUCUGCAGCAUCCCCGACAAGAUGGUAUCCUUCCGACUCUCGAAUAAAACAGCAUCCCCUUCAAUUAAACUUCUUGUGGAUGACCCGAUAGUGGUGAACCCUGGAGAAGCAAUCACCUUAGUCUGUGUGACGACAGGAGGGGAGCCAGCCCCCAGCCUGACGUGGGUGAGGUCUGCUGGCAUCCUGCCCGAGAAGACGGUCCUGAACGGCGGCACUUUAACGAUACCUGCCAUCACGUCAGAAGAUGCUGGCACAUACAGUUGCAUCGCCAAUAACAAUGUUGGAAAUCCUGCGAAAAAGUCCACCAACAUCAUCGUAAGAGCCUUAAAAAAAGGACGUUUUUGGAUCACCCCUGACCCAUAUCACAAAGACGACAACAUCCAGAUUGGGCGAGAGGUGAAAAUCUCCUGCCAGGUGGAAGCCAUCCCUUCUGAAGAGCUUACGUUCAGCUGGUUUAAAAAUGGACGUCCCUUGCGAAGCUCUGAAAGGAUGGUCAUCACACAGACUGACCCUGAUGUCUCACCUGGCACCACAAACCUGGACAUCAUUGACUUGAAAUUCACUGACUUUGGGACAUAUACGUGUGUUGCGUCUCUGAAGGGAGGUGGCAUAUCAGAUAUCAGCAUUGAUGUCAACAUCUCCAGCAGUACAGUCCCACCUAAUUUGACUGUUCCUCAAGAAAAGUCGCCCCUGGUCACCCGGGAAGGGGACACGAUCGAGCUGCAGUGCCAGGUGACAGGGAAGCCCAAGCCCAUCAUUCUCUGGUCCCGAGCAGACAAGGAGGUCGCGAUGCCGGACGGGGGGAUGCAGACGGAGAGCUACGAUGGGAUCCUGAGGAUAGUGAACGUGUCCAGGGAGAUGACGGGAACCUACAGGUGCCAGACCAGCCAAUACAACGGGUUUAAUGUGAAACCCAGAGAAGCUUUGGUACAGCUCAUUGUACAGUACCCCCCUGCCGUGGAGCCAACCUUCCUGGAGAUUCGUCAAGGCCAAGGCCGGAGCAUCACCAUGAGCUGCCGUGUCCUGAGGGCAUAUCCCACCCGGGUCCUCACCUACGAGUGGCGCCUGGGCAGCAAGCUGCUGCGCACCGGCCAGUUCGACAUGCAGGACUCCACCGAGUACACUGUCAGCAGCCUCUCCCGCGACAGCUACGGCAUCUACAACUGCAACAUCAUCAACGAGGCGGGUGCUGGCCGGUGCAGCUUCCUCGUGACAGGCAAAGCCUAUGCUCCCGAGUUCUAUUACGACACCUACAACCCCCUGUGGCAGAACAGACCCCGCGUCUACUCCUACAGUCUCCAGUGGACCCAGAUGAACCCCGACGCUGUGGACCGCAUCCUUGCCUAUCGCUUAGGGAUUAGGCAGGCUGGACAACAGCGUUGGUGGGAACAGGAAAUUACAGUGAAUGGAAAUAUUCAAAAGGGAGAAUUAAUUACCUACAACCUAACUGAGCUGAUCAAGCCAGAGGCAUAUGAAGUCCGUCUAACGCCCAUCACCAGAUUUGGGGAGGGGGACUCAACUAUUCGGGUCAUCAAGUAUAGUGCUCCAGUAAAUCCACAUCUACGAGAGUUCCACUGUGGGUUUGAGGAUGGUAACAUUUGCCUUUUCACUCAAGAUGACACGGACAAUUUUGACUGGACAAAACAAAGCACUGCCACUAGAGACACAAAAUACACCCCGAACACGGGGCCAAACGCGGAUCGGACUGGCUCCAAGGAAGGUUUCUACAUGUACAUCGAGACAUCACGGCCCAGGCUGGAAGGAGAAAAGGCCAGACUUGUUAGUCCUGUUUUCAGCGUCGCUCCAAAAAAUCCUUACGGAGCUACGAACACAGCCUAUUGUUUUAGCUUCUACUAUCACAUGUAUGGACAGCACAUAGGAAGCUUGAACGUUUACCUGCGGUUGAAAGGCCAGACCGCGAUAGAGAACCCGUUGUGGUCUUCAAGUGGAAAUAAGGGACAGCACUGGAACCAAGCCCGCGUUAACAUAAACCCCCCGACUUCAUUUCAGCUCAUAUUUGAAGGGAUCCGGGGCCCUGGCAUCGAAGGUGAUAUUGCUAUUGAUGAUGUAUCAAUUGUGGAAGGAGAGUGUAUGAAAUCAGACCAACCGGCCAACAAUUUACGAUCAGGUGCUGUUGGGACAUUAGCGCAUAUACGACUUAUCCCAGUUAUCAUCCUCAUGUCUGUCUUAAGUCAUCAGAGGUGACCUUAUCCUGGCAGAGGCUACAAAAGAUUCACCAGGCACUGGCAUGAAGAAAGAGUCUUUGUAAAAUGGACAUUUAAAAACAAACUACCAAAGAUUCCUCCACUGACUGACUCAAAAGUUAAAUAAAUACAUAAAUAAAUAAAAAAAAAAUUAAUUAAAAAGCACUGGGGACAUAAAAGGCAUCACGGGAGUGUAACUCACUAUGAACCACGCGUGAGAACGAUAUCUGGCCUAAGUAAGGAAGAGACCUUCAGGUGCUUUUGUGGUCAAUAAUGAAUACAGCAUCAUCUGGUUGAACUCUCGGAAAAGAGCUAUAGAAACCCUUGUCAAAGCACAAAGUCAUGGCUGGUUUUGUUUCAAAUGAAUAGUUUGCUUGUUACCAUGGAAACCUAAUGGCCUGCCAAAAAAAAAAAAAGAAAAAAAAAGAAGGAGUGAGAGAGGAAAUAAAAACAGAGAGAAAAAGAGCAACACCUCACUGUAAACAGGGUAUGUGAAGAGCUGGCAUUCAUUUUCCCUUCAAGAAGGUUUUUAGUAUAGAGGUAAAUAAUUGUAGGCCCUUUCUACUUUGGCUGUCACCUCCCCUAGAGAAUAACCCUAAAUCAGAGCUGUUUUAAGACAUUUAUGUUUCAUUUCUCAUGGCUAUGCUUGAUAACUGUAUGCUGUCUCCUUUUGCAUGCAUUACUAUCCAGGAUGUGCGACCUGGGCUUACAUAUUACACAGGCUUAUCGGAGUUUGCUUGCGGCCACUCGAACACCCCUCUCCCCUCCCCAACUAAGUCAUCUGUUCUAAUGAAGUGAAGAAACCAAACCACCGUCUUUUAUAAAUUGCCAUGGAAACCAAGUGCCUUCAAUGAAACAAGCCUGAUUUAAAAAAAAAAAAUAAUAAAAUAAAAAUAAAAAAAAUAAAAUAAUAAUAAUAAUUUCAACACAGAAGCUUGCACUGCUAAAAUGUGGUUUGUGCAAACUAUUUUCUAAACAAACUACGGAGCCUGGGUGUGCAGACUGCAGGCAAGGAGACGAAGCCGCUUCUGGAGACGGACGGACCUAAGCUGCUGCGUAAGCCCUUUCGGAUGCGAUAUUUGUUGUUUAACCUUCCAGACAGCCAUGGCCUUUCAGCUUAUUAUCCAUUAGAAAAUAGCUUCCGUUGGUCCUGGAAAUGGGAGCAGCACUCUUUUCUUUUUUUUUUUUUUGUUGUUGUUGUUGGUUUUUUUUCAGGUUAUCAAGUGGGUCAACCAGAGGAAAAGGUUGUUAAGAUACACUUAGCGCAGAAGGUGGUAAAACACAGGAGUGAUUUUCUUACUCUAACCUCCAUUCGCAAGGCAGUCGGCCCCAGCGUUAGCAGGACGGGGAGGUGUGCGUGGGGGACGGCGGUGCGUACCGAGACACCGAGCAAACCGCAGAGCUCUCUGCAAACCUGGCGCCAGCGAAGCACCCAGGGUGCCGUGCCUCUGCCCUGGAGCCAGACUCUGUGCAGAUCGCGAAAGAUUAUUUUGUUAUUGUAGCGAAAUUACAAAAAAAAAAAAAAAAAAAAAAUCCACUUUUACAACAAAAAAAAAAAAAAUAAAAGCUGUACAAAUGGUUUUGAGCUACCCAAACACGUACCGUUAGCCAGCCGGUUUUCCACUGCAUUGUAAAGUUCCCUUACAGUUGGUUAUGACAAUUUGAAGACCUUUUUCCUUAAAUUAUCUCAGCUUUUAACUUCAUUUAAAAAAAAAAAAAAAAGACUUUUGUCUAAAGAAGAGUAUUAUUAUUAUAAUUAUUAUAAUUAUUAUUAUUAUUAUUCUGUGUUCUCUCGACACCCUAGGAUUAAAAAAAACUGAUAUGCAAGUAAUUGGAGUACAAACAUGAAAACAAACAAACAAAAGAGUAUAAUAUUUGCAAAUAUGAGUAUAAAAAGCACAACGAGAUGCAGUAAAACAAUGACAAGGCUUGAUUUUUUUUAUUCUGUAGAGAAAUGUUUGUGCAAAUUCAGUAAUUCAACUGAAGAGAUAAUUUUACAGCUAUGUUCAAUAAAGCCUCUUUCCAGGUAAGGUAUGCCAAGUGGUACGUGUGUUUGUUGAGCAAUGUGCCCGUGCGCCCUGGAUGGGUGCGAUGGGAUGGCUUGGUCUUAACCCUGAUAAACUGGUGUUGUCCGAAGAUAUAAUGGUCUGUACUGGUGAUGCGCGGGGGCUGGAGCUUUCCGAGGAUGCUGUCGGCUCCCUGAUUUGUAGGCAGUCCCCCCGCACCGCGGCUGGAAGGCUGCUCGGAAGAUGGUGGGAGCUCUGCGUCUGGAUGGACCGAGGGGGUUUGACACCCUUAAAAAAAAAAAAAAAAACAAACAAAAAACCAACAAAUUUCCCACUGGCAAGCACUGGAUUUUAAUUGUGGCCAGAGAACCAGGUCAGGUAUGGUGAGACCCUGAUGCAGAUUUUUGCUUAGGAGGUUGGUGUGUCUCGUAAUUCAGGAUUUGUGGAAAUCAAACCUUCACCUGCACCCUCCUGCUGAUCUCUCGUGAAAGCCACAGAACCGCGGGAUCGUCCGAGCGGCUUCUCUGAGGGCGCGGUUGGCAUGACUGUCUGCGGAGGGGCUGGCUUUGCCCGAGGCUGCCAGGAGCCCUGCCAGAAGUGGAUGCGCAGGAUUUGUGCAGCAGACUCGCCUGAUACGUUUCCUGUUGUGUCUCUAACCAUCUUGGUUAGAGAUGGUGGCUCGUUUUUGCUCAUUUUCUAGUUUGAGCAGCAGCUGCAGCGAUGCUCCUGGGCUGGAGGGGCAGCGGGGGCUGCACGAGGUCCCCGCCGCUCAGGGACGGGUACACGCGCUCUCGCUUGGCCACGCUAAGCUGAUGACAAACCUCGUUCUGCUGUAUUUCGUGAUCACUGGCCUGAUCAGAUGAAACAGGGAAUAGGGAAAAAAAAUAAAAAAUAGUGGCAAUCUGUCAAUCAUUUUAAAGUACAAUGUGAAGCAUUCCAUUUCCUUUAAAAUGUUUUCCUGGUUUUCCCUCGAAUUUAUCCCUUCCAAAAAGAGACUCAAAGUAAAAUGAAAUUUGGAUGCCCAUGGAUCAGCACAGACCAGGAGAAGCCUCUUGGAAGCUCUGGGCAGAGCUCGGGCCGCAGGGCCGACGGCGGCGGUGUGACGGGGACUCUGCGGGAAGGGAGGAUUUGGAAAGUGCCCUGCGAUGUCCUCUCGUGCUCGGGCAGCUGUGAUGAAGACAGCCGGAAUGAAGUGGAGAUCGUGCUUGCUUUUUUAGAUCCCAAGCUAAGACUGUAAACCGGAAUCCGUAUUUUGAUUUUUCUUUCCCUUGGUCGAGGACCACGUUGAGUAUUUGAUGAAGGUUUUCGAUUGACAGCCAAAGACCACAGUCAUCAUCUUUUGGGGCAGGAUAAUCUGUUUGUCCUGAAAAGCCCAGGUGUUUGUGUGAAAGGAAAUUUAUUUCCCAUGCCUAUUGCAGUUUUACUCUGCUUGUUUGGGUGCAGAAGAUGGUGCUAAGAAAAGCUGUUUUUCAGAUGUUGAUUCAGGAGUGGUAUUGUCUUCCUUUACAUUCCUAAUGUAAGCCACUGAAAAGGCAAUGGUAUUUUACUUUGGGCCAUGAGCAAGAAGUACAGACUGAGAUAUGUAUUUCCUAGUCUUGGUGGUUUUUUUUCUUUCCCAUUUUGGUGUGAAAAUGGAUGUAGUAUUUGUAAAAUUUUGGGGCUGACAAUCAGACAAAGGGAAUUUGGGCUGGUGGCUCUUCUAUGAAAUUUGCUAAACGCUAUGAUUCAGUUCCUGGGUAUCCAAUCUAGUAAAGUGUCUGAUGUAUUUUUAAAUUGGACAUCAAAUACAUAAUUGUGCAAAUGUGGACUUUGCAGCAACUACAACGCUUGGCUGUUGGGAUCAGCGACCGUGGUUUCUGUGGGGGUGGCUAGGUGUUCCCAAGGCAGAGGUAGGUGGAGCCCAUGAUAAACAUUCCAAUUUUUUUUAAUUCUUUCUCAGGAUCAUCUGGGAGAAUUAGGACAUUAUUGGAGUACUUCUCUUUCAUUGCCUCCAACAAAGCCUUGGAAGUUCAUUUCUUUGCCAAAGCACGUAGUUUGUGAAAUCCCACAUACAAUUAUGAAGCACUUUGAUCUCACUGUGCCACCAACCCACCGCUUCUCCAGCCGUCUCCAGCCAGGCUUGGAUCCUGGAUGAGACACAAGGCAGGAUAAAAAAACAUAGACUAAAAGGGGGCAAACACAAAUCACACUACAAAUGCACAAUAACGAUUUGAAGGCAGGAGCAGCUCCUUGAUAGCCCAUCAAAAUGGCGAUGGCUGAUGUGAUGAAGGUGUUAACUAGGGGGGGAUAGGGUCUUUACACUGAGCUCAUCUCAUAUCAGCCAGUUUUUGGAGACUAUUGUCUAAGGGUGUGCUACUGUCAUGCCCACAGAAAUCCUUGGAAAUGUGAAAUUCCCUCUUAAUUUGGGAGAGGAACUGCUGGUUCACCCAAACGAGAUGGAGCUGCAGCUGCAAGCCCCGUGCACAAAUACCAACCUCCACUGAUGCCAGAGCAGUUCCCUUCUUGACACCAAGCACUUGAAUCUCUGCCGCAUGCACUGGUGUAAAUGGCGGAAUUUGGUUUGAACAGCUUUUGGGGCAGUUGGGAUCUCCAAACUUUAAACCAGAGUUGAUCAUUUAAACAUCAGCUUAUUGUUCAAGUUUGGUUUCUCUUUUACUGCCUUGUAAGGUCAGUGAAAUCCCUUUGUAGUGAGUAGUUUAGUCAGAAUGAUCAGAUUUUUUUUUUUUUCCCCCACCCUUAAUAGAAGAGGCUUACCCGAUUUUAUUUUUGGAGGGUUUACUUGCUAGUAUUGCUUUUUCAUGUAUCAAAGGAUAAUUGAAACUCUCUUCCUCCCUGAGAAGAACUGUGAUCCAUCAGAAGAAUGGCUUUCUAGAGCAGUUCAAUAAAAAAGAUACGGUUUGGUAUUACAAGCACUCUCUGCCCAUAUAUGCUAAUAAAGAAAUUGGGUGCCAUCUGGAUUAAUUCUUGUAUUUUCCCAUAAAACUAUAAAAAGCUAUAACAAAGCUUAUUAUUACAUUUCAGAUUUUUUUUCCAACAAAGCAACACCACAGGAGCGUGCUCCCUCGUUUACUGCUGCCCCACCACGAUACCAGUGUCAGUCCUCAGCAGCCCAGGAGUAAUUAAACCAGCAUGUACUAAUCAUUUGAUUUUUCCCUCAUGCAAAGGAGGUCAGCGACCCACAGCUCAUGCAAUAUUGCAGUCAUGGGGUCUUUGGUCUUCACAAGUUUUAUGUCAUUUUUCCCUAAAGCCCCGACGUCACCCUGUAGAUCCCAUGGGAACGCGCCCCAGCACGCGCUGGUGCAGGCAAGGAGAGGAGCUCUGCAGGACUGGGGCUGGGGAGGGACGUGCUGGGCACUCCUGCUGCCAGCAACCACCCACCGUGCCCCUGCUCACAAAUUCAUCACUCUUAAAACCAAUUGAAAAGUAGAAGAGGAAGGAUGCGUUUGAUUUUUGACCUCUAUGGUGCUUGUAAGGCCAUUGCAAAACCUCGCUGCUGGGAGCUUUGCCACCCCCAUUCUUGUUACCAGCGUAAAUGUGUUCACGGCCAGUUUAGCAUCAUUUGUUCUUGUGCCAGCAAUGUCUAAACAUAUUUUCCUCCCUUUUUGGUGUUAAGAUCCUCUCCUUCUGCACCCCCAGGCCACCUUCAGGUCCCCCUUUUGACUGGUUUUGGCCAGGCUACCGUUUUUGUAUCUCUGGGUUAGAAAAAAUAUAUAAUAAAAAAAUAGGAGCUAUCAUUAACCCAAAUACAGGAUGCUUGGGAUAGUACAUCUGAUGUGACUUACUAAAAUACAAUAUAGUUUUCCUUUGUCAGAUUAGGGAGCUUGUACAAUCAGCUUUAUAUUAUGGGAAGGAUGUUGUAUUUUCUACCCAGAACACCACAUCCAAAGUCAGUGAAGAUGUCAUCCCGCUUGCUCUUGAGUGCUUCUGGAGAGCAAGUCUUUCAGAGGUUUCAGUGGUGACCCUAAGACUUUCCUUUAAUAAAAUAUCUUCUUACCCAUAUCUCUCAGAGAAAUAAUUGUGUUAUAAUGAAACUACUCAAGUGAGAACAAACUGAUCAAGAUAUCAGAGAAUGCAGUGACACAGUCUAUACAUGUGGGGAGUGAUUCCCUCCUCCCUGUAUGCCUUUCCUCAAACACCCAAAACCAUCCAAGUUCAGCAAUGAGCUCUUGGUCACUUGGCACAUUUUGUAACUCACCAAGAGCAACCCUAGUGCUUUAUAAAAUCUGUGUGACACCUGACCAGAAACCGAACCAUAAAUAGGACGAUUAUGUUUGCGUUCCCUGUCUAGAUGUGUCUCCAUGCAUCCUGGUAGCCUCACCUAACAUGGUCUCUCCUAGCUGGUUCUUUGUAUGACAUGGUCAGGUUGAAUGUCACCUUAUUGGAGCCUACCAAGGACCUAUGACAGGUGACUUGCAACCAAUUUCCUUCCAUUUCUAUUCUCUGUAAUUUUUUUUUUUUCCAUUGAGAAAGAGACUUGAAUGUUGGCAAGUGCUUGGACAAAUGACUACUAACGUAGCUUUGCUCACAGCUAAGGGCAUGGCUGAUAACUGGAGAAAUGUCACCGCUGAUUCCUUGGGAUCCAGGAUCUUUGCAUGCCACAAGUCUUCGUCUUCUGCAGGCUGGAGGUUUGCAGUCCUCCACUCGUACGGAAGAAACAGGAACACUGCAACAACCGCAACUGUAAAAUCUAUUGAAUUGCUUUUGACGGAUAUGACCACAAAAGAGAUGAUUGAAGAUACACACGGUACUGCAAGUAAGAAUGAGCAGCCUCAGCACCUACUCAGGAAAGAUCAGAUGCGCUUCUGCUUGCACACUACCAACUGCAAAAGGAAAAAAUCUGUGUGUUUGUGUGUGUAAAUAUUAUAUAAAUAACUGUAAUUGUGUGUAUUUAAUGUAUAUAUAAUGAUUAUUACAUUUUAACAAUCUCAAGUAUUGUAUAUAGCCAAAACUUGGUCUCUUAUUUUACUAGCACACCCACUGUAGAUUUAUUUUUUUGUCAUUGUUGUCAAUGUAUCUGGUUAAAUUACAAACUGGUCUCAC